AUGGUCUCCCCCCUGGCCAUCCUCUUGGUCCUCGCCUCGGCGGCGACCAGGGCGGCGGCGUUCGAGUACUACACGUUCGACGGGCCCGGGUUUCCCUCGUGCCACAACGUGUCGAGGGUCUACAACGCCACGAGCGUGGACGACGUGGCCUCGCUGGUCAAGUCCCUGACGGCCUCCAACAACAACACGGCGGUGCGCGUGCGGGCGGCGGGCAAGGGCCACAUGUGGUACGACACGCAGUGCAGCGACUCCCAGACGGUGCUCGUCCGCACCGAGGACCUCCACGCCAUCUCGGACCUGGACCUGCCCGCCGGUGCCGAGAGCGGGUCGGUCUGGGUCGAGGCCGGCGUGACCUUCUUCCAGCUGGCCGAGUACCUGCACGAGCGGGGCGCCUCGGUCGGCUACACGCUGACCAACUGGAACAUCAGCUUCGGCGGCAGCGUCGCCAUGGGCGCCCACCGGUCCUCCAUCCGCGAGGACAGCAUGGUCGCCGCCGGCGUGCUGGCCAUGGACAUUGUGGACGGCGCCGGCGAGGUGAGGCGCGUCGUCAGGGACGAGAGCGACGACGAGUGGCUCGCCGCCUCGACCUCCCUCGGCCUGCUGGGCAUCAUCGUGAGAAUCCAGCUCAAGGUGUAUCCGGACACCAAGGUCUAUGCCAAGCAGGAGACGCUCGACGAGAAGGACGUUCUGGACGGCGACGUCUAUGGCUUGAUUGCGCCGUAUGCAACCGCCAAUCUCUGGUGGUGGCCGUACAAGAGAAAGUUCCACCAGCGGUACUACGACACGGUGCCGGCCAACUCGACGCCGCAGGAGGGCUUCCAGAACACCUUCUCCGUGACGGAGCUGGAGGCGGUGACGGCGCGCACCAUGCUCGACAGCGGCAAGUACCUGCCGACGUCCAACAUGUUGGCCGAGGAGAUCUUCUUCGGCCUGUGGUCCAAGCCCAACUUCCGCGAGAAGAAGACCAACGAGGCGAUCGACGAGUGGCCCGUCUACGGCUGGAACUACGACGUCCUCAUCGGCGGCCUGUACCCGGACCAGAAGCCCGAGUGGGAGUACGGCCUGGCCGGCUACACACUCGAGCUGGCCUUCCCCGUCACCAUGGCAAACCAGAUGCUCAAGAGGGUCCGUCAGCUGUUUGACGACGAGCUCAAGAAGGGCAUCGUCAUGACGUCCACGUACCGGAGCGGCAUCAACAUCAAGUUCGGCAAGGCCUACUACGACCUCCUCGGCCAGGUCACGUACAACACGUCCGACGGGGCCGACUGGAGCAAGGGCGCCAUCAUGUUCGACUUCCCCUCGUACCGGCCCACCAUCGGCGACCACAAGCGCUUCAACGAGCCGUUCUACCACAAGCUAGCGAACACGCUCAUUGACGAGUUCCCGUGCCGCCCGCACUGGACCAAGAACACGCGCGAGGUCUUUGCUCGAUCCGUCAAGAACCUCGAUCCCGACCAUCUUCGCCGCUUCAACGCCGUCCGGAAACGCUUCGACCCUAACGGCAUAUACCGGAGCAUCGUCGGAGAGAUUCUGGGUUUCUAUUAA